UACUUUCGACUCCCCGACAAUGAACGACUUUUAGAGUGUGAGUGAGUGUAAUUGACGAAUGAUGCGGAAACUUUGGGGAAUACUAGUGGCAUUUGGAGUGUCUAUAGUGAUCGCAGAGCAUGAAGACAGGCAUUUCUGGCAAGCAUCCAUGAAAGAUGAGAUAUGGAAGACCAUCACCGCGCGGAGAAAUUGUGCAAAAGCAAAAAACAUCGUUGUUUUCAUCGGCGACGGAAUGGGAAUUCCAGUCAUCACGGCAGCGCGGAUUCUGAAGGGGCAAAAAGCCGGAAAAACAGGAGAGGAGACAUUCCUGAACUUCGAAAAAUUUCCUUACACGGGGCUCAUGCGGACAUACUGCACAGACAAGCAAGUGCCUGAUUCGGCAUGCACAGGUACAGCCCUUUUCAGCGGCAUCAAAGCGCCCUAUUAUACUCUCGGCGUCGACGUUCAUGCGAAGUACGGAGAAUGCAAGGAAACAAUGAAGUACAAAAGCUACUUUCCUGAAUCCAUCAUGACUUAUGCACAAGCUGCAGAAAAACUAACAGGAUUCGUCACGACAUCCCGAGUAACGCACGCCACACCUGCGGCGACUUACGCUCACUCUCCACACCGAGAAUGGGAAUGUGACGGAAAAUUGCCCCCGGAGGCAACCGAAUGUAAAGACAUCGCGAGGCAAAUGAUCGAGGACGCGCCCGCAAGAGAUUUCCACGUUAUUAUGGGAGGAGGGCGUCAGUUCUUUUUCCCCAACGAAACGUAUAACCAAAAUAGAUCUGAGACCCAAUGCCAGCGGCGCGAUGGUCGCAAGCUCGUUGAAACGUGGAUGAACGACAAGAAGAGCAGGAACGCGACCUACAAAUACGUAACGACGACAUCCGAGCUUCAAGAUGCCAUGAGAAACAAACCAGAUUACCUACUAGGUCGGCACAGAGACCCGCAUUAUUUCCCAACUACUAAACAAUAAAAAUACUUCCACGGUUUCAGGGUUAUUCAGCAGCAGUCACAUGAGUUACGAAAUCGAGAGGAACACAUCACCGAACGGAGAACCAAGUCUCGCAGACAUGACGGAAUCGGCGAUCAAUAUCUUAGAGAACGACAAAGGGUUUCUCCUCAUGGUUGAGGGGGCAAAAAUCGAUCACGCGCUGCAUGAUAAUAACGCAAGGCGGAGUCUGGAAGACCUCCUUGCUUUCGAGGAAGCAGUGGAACGUGCUCUCAAAAAAACGAGUCAACUGGACACACUAAUCAUCGUUACUGCGGAUCAUUCUCACACGCUGACAAUAAACGGUUACCCGGCCAGAGGAAAUCCUAUCUUAGGCAUAGCAGAAAACCAGACUGAUUUCGGACUCCCAUACACAACUCUGAUGUUUACCAACGGUGUCGGCUACAAUUACACGAACAACGGAACACAUAUUUUGUGGCGGAAUCUCACAAACGUGGAUACCCAGGCACUGGAUUUCCGACAACAGGCAGCCAUUUACCGCGAAAACGGAGAUGAGACCCAUGGCGGGGAGGACGUUGCAGCUUAUGCCAUCGGACCGUGGGCCCAUUUGAUAACUGGAGCACACGAGCAACCUUACGUCGCUCACGUCGCGAAGUAUGCCGCGUGCCUGGGAGAUUACGCAGAGAUGUGUCAAAGCUCGAUGAGAAAAACGAGCUGUGGAAUUGAAGUUUCCUCAGCAAACACUGGAGGGAUCCACGCCUUUUUUAUUACCACCAUGUUCCUAACGAGCUACAUACUGCAGUUAUGAUCUGACGCAAUUUCUUUGCACCAUAUUUAACGUGAUCUCACUGAUGUCGUUCGCUGAUGUUGAAAUCACGAAGCUCGAGCACCCAAAACCUAUUAACCUUGAAUAUUCGAGACCGCGCGAAGAAACUUGCUUUCGAGUGCUGCCACAGUUGGUAUUCACGAGCGGAAAUGCAUGUCUGCUCUUCGAUUAUUAAAA